AUGUGUCUAUUCUUUUUCUUCUUUCUUCUUCUUCCUUUCCUCGGUUUUCUGUACGUUCGUCGACCGGUCUUUCUCGCACGGUUGUGGUUCACUCUCUGCGUUGGACUCCUCGUUCUGAUUUGCAGCGCCAUAUGUGUUCCACUCAAUUUGGCCGCCAAACACGGGUGGAUCGCACGCCGCCACACUGAAGAAAUCGCCUGCACCGUCAGUGGACUGCUGCUCGGUAAGACAUUGCGAUUCCUCUCACCGCAGAUACGCGUUCGCGUCAUGCCGGGAUCACUUGACCUGCGCGGUAUCGACAACCGUGGCGUUUUCUGCGCCUGCCACACUUCCUUCUUUGAUAUGUUUUUCUUCCUCUGGCUCUUUCCACUGCGAUUUAUGCAUAACGUGAAGUCGUUUGCGAAGAGUUCGCUUUGGCGGUUGCCAUUAAUGGGACGCGUUAUUAGAGCAUGUGGACAUUUUCCGGUAUACUUUACUUCGACGGAGGCCUCUACCUUCUCUGUGGACAAGACAAAGCAGGCGGCGGUAACAGAAGAGGCAGAGACAUUUCUCUCACGGGGUGGUAUGCUCUGCUUCUUUCCAGAGGGUGCCGUCAACCACACACCAAAAGUACUGAAGGAAUUCCGCCAUGGCACCUUCAAUAUGGUUUUAAAGCACCAGGUGCCUAUUUACUAUAUCGUGUACUUUGGUUGCCAUGAGGUGUGGAACCCAGAUGUGAAGGGCAUUCCAGGGUUUCCUGGUGAUGUCUUUUUUUACGCGGGUAAGUAUGAAUAUGAAAAGAAUGCGACGGCAGCAGAGGUGUCAACUGGACUGCGGGUCGUUAUGCAGGCAAAACUGGAUGAGAUCUUAGAACGAAGAAAGGAAGAACAUUACAUUGCACCAAUUAAUAAGUGUGGCAUUGUAUCGUAA